AUGGUCCGCCAAACAACCUGGCUACUGCCUCUCCUGCUCCUCCAGGCCCUCCCCUUCGCCGUGACCCGUCCUACAGCCGUGAAUGUGGACGUGCAAGUGCCCGAUGCAGACGCCUGUACCGAUGGCCAGGACUGCACUAUGAACCUCCACGGUGGGAAGGAUGACGAUGACGAUGAUGAUGACAAUGACAACAACGAUAUCACAGACCAAGUCCGUCAUAAACAUCAUCAUAAAGACCAGGGUGAUGAUGAUGGCGACGAUGACGGUGACUGGGAUAGCGACAGCGACAGUGACAGUGACUCCGACAGCGACAGUGACUGGGACGAUGAUGACUCUGAUUCUGAUUCUGAUGAUGAAGAAGAUGACCACCACCACGGCAACGGCUGCGACAACGACAACGACGUGCAGACCAUCACCAUCACGACCAUUGAGCCGGGGUAUGCCUUCCCCCCCUCCCCCUGCCCUAUUCCACCUCUAUAUCAUCUAUACACAAGACUAACAAUGAACCCAACCAGCCCAACCCAAAUAAUCACCGUGACCACCACCGAGUCCAACACAGCCGGCCCCAUCCCUCCACCAACCGACUGUCCAGCCACAACAACCACAACAGAAACAGCAACAGAAACAGCAACAGUCUCAAUCCCCGGUCCAGCCAUCACUACAACGGCAACGGCAACAGCAACAGCAACAGUGACAGAAACCGAGUCGGACAUCAUCACUGCCACAAUCACCGAUACAUCCACUAUAACUCAACCCCCAGUAACCACUACAGAGACUGCCACAACAACAAGGACACACACCAUCUCCUUCACCAUCACCGACACAGAUACGAUCAUUAUCCCCGGACCGACUAUUACCGAGACGGAUGUGUUAACUGCUACUGUGACCCUCCCUGCGUCGACGGUGACAGCGACAGAGACGGAUGUUUCUGUUUCGACGAUAACCCUCCCUGCUUCAACCUCUACAAUCACCCUGCCCGCCUCUACAGUGACUGCCACAGCAACAGUCACCACAACCGAUACUUCAACCUGCCCCACCACCACCCCCGGCGGCGACGGCGGCGACGACAACGACAACACCUCCGGUCUCGAUUACGGCCAAUGCUCCGACCCUAGCAUCUCCUACCAAUACGGCCUGGACGGGCGGACCGAAUGGAGUUUCAUCACGAACAACCAAGUGGAUUUCCAGCACGGGAGUUCCACGACCAUCGAUACGUUGAUGAACUUUGUGUGUAAUCGGUUGAUUAGUCCGUGUAAUGCGCCCCAGGAGACCAUUGAUGCGUGCUAUGCGGCGGAGGAUCAGGUGAAUAGUAGUGGGCUUGUUGGGGAGGAUGCGGCGGAUUUGUGGAAUGAGUUGAUGGCUUAG